UUGCAUCGGGUGACCAACCUCGCUUCACUGGAGGCAGCCAUCCUGGGAACACAGGCGUAAUGAGGGAGAGGAGGACAGCUGGUGACCCCUACUGGUCCUAUUCAGGGAGCCAUGGACCUCGAGGCUGGGCAGCCUUAUAUCCAGAGUGUGCUGCAACAAACCAGUCACCUGUGGAUAUUGUAGAUGAACAAGCUUUGGUUUCAGAGGAGUACCAGGAGCUGGUGCUUGAUAAGUUCAACAUGGAGUCCUCCAAUCAGACUACCAUGAAAAACACUGGAAAGACAGUUGCUGUGCUUCUGAAAGAUGACUACUUUGUAAGAGGUGCUGGACUGCCAGGACGCUUUAAGGCCGAGAAGAUGGAGUUUCACUGGGGCCAGACUAAUGGAUCAGCAGGCUCAGAACACAGCAUCAAUGGCAGAAGGUUUCCCGUAGAGAUGCAGAUCUACCUUUACAACUCCGAUGACUUUGACAGCCUCAGCGCUGCCAUCAAGGAGAGACGCAUCAUCGCUGCCAUGGCUGUCUUCUUUGAGCUUGGGCAAAAAGACAACCCAGCUGUGGACCCAAUCAUCCAGGGAUUGAAAGGAGUAGUGCAUCAUGAAAAGGAGACCAACCUCAGGUCGUUCGUCUUGAGGGAUCUGCUGCCGUCAUCGGUGGACAGUUAUUACCGAUACACRGGCUCUUUGACCACUCCGCCCUGCAGCAAAGUCGUGGAGUGGAUCAUCUUCUCCAGGCCGGUAUAUCUGUCCCACUCACAGCUGGAUGCUUUUUACUCCAUCUUUACAACGGAGCAACAGGACCAUGUCAAGUCUGUCGAGUACCUGAGGAACAACUUCAGACCCCUGCAGGACCUGAACAAUAGGAAGAUCUUUAAGUCAGCUGUUAAAGAUGCCUGGCAGAAAGAUUUGACUGAAAUAUUAGGAAGCCCUCACAGCACAGAGGCAUCGAGAGUGUGCAGCAGCGCCCCAGUGAGCAUGAAGAUCCAGCCGCUAAACCAGACGGCAUUGAUCGUGAGCUGGGAACGCCCCCUGACAAUCUAUCACCCCCCCAUCACCAGCUACAUGGUCUCCUACAGCUGGGUGAAGAGGGACGUCGCCGACGAGAGGACCUUCUCUAAAACCGGGGACCAGAGCAUGAAAGCAAUUAUUACUAAUGUAUCCCCUGACAUCCUGUACCUGUUCAGAGUGCAGGCAGUGUGUCAGCAUGACCAGCGCAGUGACUUCAGCCAGACGCUGUUGUUCAGAGCCAACACAACAAGAAUAUUCGAAGGGUCUCGCAUUGUGAAGACUGGAAUGCCAACCAUUUCUCCGGCUUCCUCGGCGGACAUGGCUCCCAUCAGCUCUGGUUCCUCCACUUGGACGUCCUCUGGCAUCCACUUCUCUCUUGUCUCCAUGGCAACCGGGAUGGGCCCCUCCUCUAGCGGCAGCCAGGCCACGGUGGCGUCCGUGGUAACGAGCACCUUGCUGGCGGGUUUGGGCGUCGGCGGAGGGGUGAUUUCGUCGUUGCCCAGUUCCGCCUGGCCCACGCAGACGCCUCGCGCCGCUCAGAACCCGACGCGUCCGUCCACCCCGCCCGCAACGCCCAACACGGAGCGAACGGCAACGCAGGGGGCGGAGACGGACAAGCAGCCCGAGGAGAAACAGGCCACAGGUCAGGGUGAGGAGGGGGAGGAGGAGGGCGAGCGAGAGGGAGAGCAGGAGGAAGAGGACGAGGAGGAGAAGAAGAGAAAAGGCAAAAAUCCUCCUGAUAAUGCGGAGAAACAAGCAAACGGCACUGUGUCCGAAGAGCCUUUAAUCCCAACCCCCGCAUCCACAGCCAAAGAGAAAAGAGAGGGCAAACCUACAGUUAAAGGCAACACGGUCCCUGCGAGCACUGAUGAUGAGCAUUUGGUCAACAAGGAGAAGAAACCCACAGAAGUAACUGCAGUUUCCACUCAGGAGCCCCGUAAUGACAGCGCUGAGAUGCAGAUCCCCCAGAGCUCUACACUAUCUCCAAAGAUUAAUGAUGAAAAUAGAUGGCCUUUCUCUGUUCACACCGACCCAACUAUUCUGUCCAACCCAACACGGACCCCCCACCCAGGAAUGGGCAGGAUGGUGUGGAUCGUGCCCUUGGUGGUGGUGUCUGCUCUCACUCUGCUGUGCCUCAUCGUGCUGCUGAUCGUGAUGGUCUACUGGAGGAGAUUUUUCCAGACGGCUCAUUUCUACGUGGAGGAGAGCAGCUCUCCACGGGUGGUGGCCAAUGAGAAUAUCCCAAUCAUCCCCAUACCAGAUGAUAUGGAGGCCAUCCCCGUCAAGCAGUUUGUCAAACACGUCAUGGAGCUUUACAAGAACAACAUGCAAGGUUUCGCUGAGGAGUUUGAGGAGGUCCAACGCUCCACAGUCGACUUAAAAAUCACAGCAGAACACUCCAAUCAUCCUGACAACAAGCACAAAAACAGAUACAUCAACAUUGUGGCCUAUGACCACAGCAGGGUGAAAUUAAGAGCUUUGCCGGGGAAAGAUGCCAAACAUUCGGAUUACAUCAACGCCAACUAUGUAGAUGGCUACAACCACCCCAGAGCUUACAUAGCCGCUCAGGGUCCCCUCAAGUCCACGUUUGAGGACUUUUGGAGGAUGGUGUGGGAGCAGAACACUGGGAUCAUCGUCAUGAUCACCAACCUCGUGGAAAAGGGGAGGAGAAAAUGUGACCAAUACUGGCCGACAGAGAGCAACGAACAGUAUGGAAACAUAGUGGUGACGCUGAAAAGCACCAAAGUUCACGCCUGCUACACGCUGCGCCGCUUUCUUAUAAGGAACACAAAAAUUAAAAAGGGUCAGAAGGGGAAUCCAAAAGGGAGGCUAAAUGAGCGCAUUGUGAUUCAGUAUCACUAUACUCAGUGGCCCGACAUGGGAGUACCGGAGUACACACUUCCUGUCCUCACCUUCAUCAGCCGCUCGUCGGCGGCUCGGACUGCAGACAUGGGUCCCGUCCUGGUACACUGCAGUGCAGGGGUCGGGCGCACAGGAACGUACAUCGUCAUCGACAGCAUGCUGCAACAGAUCAAGGACAAAAGCACAGUCAGCGUCCUGGAUUUUCUCAAACAUAUACGCACACAACGCAACUACCUUGUCCAGACGGAGCGGAGCGAGCGAGGGUCGGACUCACCACUCUGCCAGGCAUGAAGGGAACAGAUUACAUUAAUGCAUCCUACAUAAUGGGCUACUACAGGAGUAACGAGUUCAUCAUCACCCAGCAUCCCUUGCCCCACACCACCACAGACUUCUGGAGGAUGAUUUGGGACCACAACGCGCAGAUUAUUGUCAUGUUGCCAGACAACCAGGGUCUCGCCGAGGACGAAUUUGUUUACUGGCCGAGUCGAGAAGAGGCCAUGAACUGCAUCGCCUUCACCGUCACUCUCAUCAGUAAGGACCGGCUGUGUCUCUCCAACGAGGAGCAGAUCAUCAUCCACGACUUCAUCCUAGAGGCCACACAGGACGACUACGUCCUGGAGGUGAGACACUUUCAGUGCCCUAAGUGGCCGAACCCCGACGCUCCCCUGAGCAGCACCUUCGAGCUCAUCAGGGUCAUCAAAGAGGAAGCCAUGACUCGAGACGGCCCCACCAUCGUGCACGAUGAGUACGGAGCGGUGUCAGCGGGGAUGCUCUGCGCCCUCACCACGCUGUCCCAGCAGCUAGACAACGAGGGGCUCGUCGACAUCUAUCAGGUGGCCAAGAUGAUCAAUCUCAUGAGGCCGGGAGUCUUCACUGAUAUCGAGCAGUACCAGUACCUUUACAAAGCCAUGCUCAGCCUGGUGAGUCACACAGAGGGCAGCCUGAGUCCCGUUCACAUGGACACUAACGGGGCGAUGGUGAUGGCCGACGAGUUGGACCCCGCAGAGAGCAUGGAGUCCCUCGUCUGAGGACUUUCUCACAGGCACUUCAUUUGUAAACAAAACAAAAAAAAUACAAAAACAAACAAAAAAAAAACAUCCAAGAACUUUUCUGAGGCCUUUUUGCCAGACUAUUGAUUAAACGAAUAACCUUAUUACUUUUUUAUACUGAUGAAAGGUUUUUUGAUAUUUAUGUUUUUGUCCUUUUUAUUUGUAUUUGUUCCUCCUUUUUUUUUCUUUUUCCUCGUCUUUCGAUGUUCUCCUGCUGAGCGUUUGCACCUGUUUAAGUUGACAUGAGGAAAAGCAGCUCUGUCCACUUUGCACUAUAAUAUCAGUGUUACUGCCUAUUUACCCAGUGAGAUUUUUUUUCUUUUUCACUGUUGAAAUUCCGGCGCCACAGUGAAACUGAGGCCGGGGGGUGUCUGUGCAGRGGGGUGGGGCUUCGGGGGAGGAGGGGCUGGAAUCUUGGAGCGCUUGGAGAAGACCAGGAUGAGUUGGAAGGCGAUCCACUUACAAUGAAGUCAUGAAACACUUGUUCACAUCGUAACACAGGCCAGCAUGUAUUUUUCUCCCACAUGAAGAGA